GCGCGUACAGUUUGUAGUUGUUCGGUUUCGUGAUACUUUUUUUUAAACAGCUUGCAUGUUGUUUUCAUGCUGUCGUUCUAUACGUCAUGUUGCUUUCGACCCGUUUUCGACUUUCUUGAAGGAUUUCGUGUGUUUACGAGUGGUGUUGAAGAUAAAAAAGGUGCAAAAUCGGAGUUGUGAAAGAUUUAUUACUGCUGGGUGAGCUAGAUCGUGUCAAACCUUGUUUAUCGCCGUCCUUUUGUUUCUCGCCGCAUUUUGCGGAAUCCUUCCACAUCCAAAGAAACAUCUAGCCUCAAGAUUUUCGGAAUACGUGGAUUCCAUUUACGAUGUCGGUCUCCUUGUAAGACGACCGGAAUGACGACCGCUACCAGUGGAGGUACGAGCGGAGGUAGCGUCGGAGGUGCUCUUAGCCUAAUGGGUUGCGUUAGGGAAGCUUCUCCUACGCCAAUUGAUCAUCAUCCACUGCGGCUUGGCAACUUCCAACAUAGUGUUGACGCACUGCCCAAAGAACCAAAGAAAAGACGUUUUCACCCUCUAAGAGGAUUACGAAGGAUAUUUAGACGGAAAAGUCGUGGAGCUGCAGACUCUCGGCUCUCUUCCGGCUUGACUGAUGGCGAUUUACUAUCUCGCGAUCGUGAGGAAGUCACUUUGCGACAUCCUGCAGGGCGAUCAGAAGAAGCGCGCAGUAGGAGUGCUAGUGAACUUCUAACGGAUUCCUGCGACAGAGAAAGUGUCUUUCUUAAGAGAAAUGGCGAGGAGGAUAAUUUUGCCAAAUUUAGAGGAGGUGCUGGUCAACUUUCAGUUUCUCAUGACAGUGUAUUUCCUGGAGAAGUUCCUUACACUCGUCCCCUCUCUCUCGAAUCCCUUACAACCUUAGAGAGAAGGCAAUCCAAUACCAGCGACGAGACGGAGCACAACAGAGAGUACAAAUCACAAGUGGCACAGAGGCACAGGAUAUCUUUGAGGGUGCUCGAGCAAAUUAAGACAGUCAUAGAAAACCGGAACCACCAUCUAGCCUCUACAACCUCCUCAGAUAUCACGAGUUCCCUACAAAAUCGCAGUAUUGGGGGUCAUGAGAAGUCAUUGGAGGAAUCGCAGUCAAAGAUAACGAGAUCGAGAAAGGGUUCCACUGAACGAAUUGCUACAACACCAAAAGAGGAUUUGCCACAACUAGAGACUGCGAGUUUGAGCCACACAGCAGCCCAUCACAGAAUAUCAGUUCGGCCUAAAAACAGACGACCACCGAAACGUUCUGCGGGUCAAAAUAAUGAUAUCCCAGCCAAUAUUCCGCCAACAAUAGCCGAGAGUUCAGACACCCUGGACAGUUUGGAAUUAACCAGUGGUGGUGCGAACAGUAGCAACACUAGUUCUCCAGUCGAGUCAAAGAGCAUUUCUAUUUUGCAAAAAUCCUCCAGUAGAGUCUCAAGAAAUUCAGACAUUUUUGAGGAAUUGGAAGUCAAGCUUCCCAGGAAGCCCAACAGUGUUGUUUCGCUUUCUCCAGAUAGUCUGGACUCUACACCCUCCAGGACUUUUACUGACACGUUUGAAAAUGAAGAUCAACAUCAAGAAAAUCGACCAGUUGUGCGCAGGCCUUCGCAUCGAACAUCCAGGGGUUCAGACGCAUCAGAAAAAAUGGAAAUUAAAAUACCGCGUAGAAGAUCAUCAUCUAAUCGCCUUUCUAAAUCACCCGACAGUCUUGAAAACUCCCUACCUUGGUUUUCAAAGUCCACGGAGUGCUUCGAUAAACUUGUGGAAAAUGAAGAGUCAAAGCCAAUGACGAGGCGGUUUUCGAAUUCGAUUUCAAAGUCGAUCAAUCGAGUUUCCAAAUCUUCAGAUAGUUUAGAAGUCCUCGAGGCUCUUACCAGUGAUGACUCUAUCGAAAGACGACGCAGUUGCUUUGAAUUUCGGGCACGCAGGUCCGUGGCCAAGGUGAUGUCUAAAUCAACCGAGAAUUUCGAAGCCCUGGGUCAGCAUCAAAAAUCCGCUGAGAUCGUUCACCUACAAAAAAGAUGUAGCGCCUCCGAUAUGAACCUUUCCCGAGACAGAAGGACACGCUGCAAACUUUUCUCAGAAUCCUCCGACAUUUUCGACAGAUUGGAUCCGGUUGAGGCAAAAGCAGCAGAGGAAAUGGAUGUGGACUUUAGAAAGAACUUCUGGCGCUCCUCCGAGAGUUCGGAUAACCCUGAUUUGGACGAGAGGCUUGAGAGUCGCAGAGAGAGUCGGAAACCACCCAAGAGGAUUCCGAGUAAAAAUUUCGUUGAUGCGUCCCCAUUCGUCGCUCAUAAUGAAGAAAGGCGACCGACUCCUCUUUCGAAACCGAGACUUCAAAAAUCCUCGGAGAGUUCCGAGCUUGGAAGCACUGACACUCUUGAUUCCGAUAGGAGGAAUAAGUCAUCUGAUAGCACGGAGACUCUUGAUAGUCUUGAAAAGGAUCUUGAGCAAGAUAGGAGGGACGAUGAAAUCAUGGACAGUGUCAUUGAGAGGCGUGAUAGAUCCGACAUGUUAUUCGAUAGUACGUCGACGGAAGAAUCUGUGAAUGCUGAUGGCAAUGACGAGAAGAAUGCUGUUAUCGCCACCGAAAAAUCUUACUGGAGACAAUCUUCCGACUCGAAGGAAAAUCUCGACAUACACAAUCUCCUUGCGCUUACGAUAGUAUCGCAAAUGGCUGGUGAUAAUGGCAACAAUCAACGUGGAUCUAAUGUGAAUUCUAAAAAGGGCCAACUCACCAAUUCGCCUCCAACUUCUCCAGGGGCUAAGCCAGAAGACAACAAAAUGCUCUUCAACAAUCUUCUUUCGACGAAAAACGACGAGGAUUUGCAAAAUAUGCUGAACGGCAACAUAUCCGAGGUAUCGACCGACACUAAGAGUUUCAAGGAGAAGCUAAUCAUGUUCGAAAGACUCGGAAAAUAAAUCUCUGGAUCUUUGUUUUAUAAAAGCACUGAGUCGGAAUUAUCAGAAUAAAUUGCGAGAUUGAAAUUGUAAUUAUGAAUUGUAAUGAUUAAAUCCAAGAACCAAGUAAACAUUUUUGUGCAGGGCACAAGACAAUGUUGUUUCUAUCUUUUUUCUUGUUAGAAAAUUUGUGAGUCGUCAUAUCGUCAUAAUGUGUGUAGAUCCAGUGACGGAAAAAAUGGUAUUUAUAUGAAUGUAAUUUAAAAAUUCGAUUUUUUUUACCAUAUCCAGUGGCUUUGAUUAACGCAUUUAGCUUCGUUUGGCUUUGUUUUAUAUAGAUUGUGCAUUUUUAAGGAGGCGUAACUGGAAAUCCUAGAAUGCCUUAUGAUUCCAGUAUUAUUUAACUCAAUGGAAGAAAAGAGUGAAUUGCGAUCUUCAUGACAGUAAAUAUUAAAGCGUCAUAUUGUAAUAGAGUUCUAGAGCUUAAUUGCAACACAAGUUAUUGUUGUACAGUAGCAGAGGCGAUCACAAAUCGCAUAUAUAUCUUUAAUUGUAAAUAAACUAAUGCCUAAAAAUCAA